AUGACCGCCCCAUCUCCACCAACCUCCCCGACAACGCCCUCGCGAAAGCGCAGGUCGCUGCGACUUUCUCACGUCGAACUACACUCUCAAGACGCAACGUCCCCGAGUCCUUAUACCAGCGGCACCACCAAUGGCACGACGUACUCGAGGAGAUCAUCGCGCACAUCGCAGACCUCUUACCAGCCUCGGUCCCCGGUGACACCUCGCCCCAUGUCCUCCAAAUCGUCCAGACCUCCCUCCUUCUCCCAACAGCGCAGACCAAGUCGGACAAGCAUACACAGCAACAGAAGUAUAGAACAGUACGGCGACAGUAACGGGUUGGGGAACUUGGCCGACGAGCUGGGGCAAGCCUGGGACGAGGACGAGGACGAGGACGAGGGAGAAGGUCAGUCCAAUUUCUUAGAGGGUUUGAGAGAAGGCGAGGUCGAUCAAGACUCUUCGAUGAUGCGCGACUUGCGGAGUCCCUACGAGAUGAACGACAUGCACGAUUUUGGGUUUGGGAUGGUAGUGCAGAGCCCGCACGGUCAGCAUGAUGCGCAGUCUCCCACUUUGCAUGUCCCUCAGCCUCGACGGGAUUCGCGACUUCAGGAGAACAAAAAGCCAGGGCAUCAGAGACAGGAAUCUGCCUAUGACGGCUCAGACUAUGGGCGAGAUUCAGAGGCAGACCAAGACGAAGAUGCGUUCCCGCCGAUAAUGCGCAAACGAAUCCGCGACCUCGAAAACCUCACACGCAUGUGCGUCAACCCCGAGGACGCCGUUAGCGAGGGUGGUGGCACUGUCCGGCGAGUCAUUCAUGGUUUAAAGGAUCUCGGACCGCAGGCAAACAUUGAGUACGGGGUCACUCGGCUGAUCACAGCAUAUACAUCGAUGGCGUCUCACCGGACACACAAGACCCGAGAUCUGUUUACUCAGUCGCACUCCCUGAUGUAUGGAGGGACUCUAUGGCAGCUACCUGAGGAGAUGGUUGACUUACUCCUCGACGAUAUCACGAGCUUAUCCUCGACCAUACCUUUCCUCCGGCCACAGAACCCGCUGCUCUCCCUCCAAAUCCUGGCGUCACAGACCGAGGAACUCACCCAUACUCUCCGCUCCCUGACAGACCUUCUUCAAGAGUCACGUCUGGCCGCCAGUGCCGCAACAAGAAAGCUCAAGUCAGUCCGUGACAUGGUGGAGGACAUGUCGCUUGAGGAAGAGCUGGUGGAGAACAGCAUUUUGUUGAUACAGGCAGGGGAUUGGGAUCGGAGGUGUCGGGAGAGACAGGCUGCCCGAACGUGUCAGGAGGUCUGCGAGGGAUUUGCGGAUCGUUGGGGUCUGCAAUGUGAUGUGGAUCUGAUAUCGCUGGCCGAGGGUAGGAAGCAGCCUGCCCCGGUAUUGGUAUCCGGAUAA